AUGAAACCUUGUCAAGAAGAAGAAAAAAUAUCUUCAGUGUUGGAACCUAAAUCACAAUCACUACAAAAAUUUACUGACCAAGACGCUGCCAGAGGUGCUGUACAUUAUUCUUUAUCGAAUCGGUCAUUUAUUGAUAAGGGCUGGACUAUGCUACCGACGGAGAAAAUAGUACGAAAGUUAAACGUUUAUCGCAUGCGACCAUCACAUCCUGAAUUCGAUUGGUUUGAAAAUAAUAAAAGUAAAAAGGUCAUGCAUUAUGACACUGGUGAAAUAUUGGCUGAAUUCGACGAAGAUGGGAGAGGCCGUUGGUUUUAUAGAAAUGGCAGAAUAGCUCUGGCCUACUACGACGCCGAAGAAGUUAAUGCCGGACAGCGUUACGUUGUAUAUAGUAAUGGAGAACCUGACGACAAGGGGCGUGCUCGUCCAAUAACGGUGCUAGCAACAUUUGACUAUCUUGGAAAUGGAAUUGUUUUUGAUCACACUGGUAAAAUAAGGCUUAAAUACAAUCAAACAGAGGGCGUGGUCUUGGAUAAAGAUAUAGGCCCAGUGUCACACUGGAAAUGGCACGAAUUAAAUGACCCUCCCGUACUGCAAAAAGUUAUGAUAGAUACUCAAAUGGCUGUUAAAGAUGCCGAAAUUUUAAAACUUGGAGGAAAUGAAGGGAAGAUUCCUCGAGUGGAUACCGAAGAAAUGCUUGCAAUAGAGUUUGAUAAUUUCAUUAAAGAGAAAAGUAAAAAAUUGUCACAAAAGUUCAAGCCGUUCCAAAUUAAAAUGAAAGCCUUGAAAAUUAAUGAAAAUUUCUCGUUGAGAGUAUUAGAUCAAGCCACUGUAUACCUUAACUUUAGAGACGGUCCAACAAAUUUGAAGUUAAACUUGGGUAUGAUUUUGGAUCACAAAGAAAUUGUGGACACAGAUACAGCGGAAGUUGGGGAAGUCACUUGCAAUUUGGAACGAUUCCCAGCGCGUACGGACAGUUUGGCAAUGCUACAACGUAGCGUCGCCCACGCUCAACACGUUGAAAGGUUAAGGUUAGAACGUGAACGUCGGUUCAGGCUUUCCGAAGUUAAACCGAGUGUCGACCGCAUAACUGCAGCAAUUUCCCGUCCACUAAAGCCUCCUGUGAACACUGUGCCUGAAACUGAAUGUAUGUGCAACAAAAGAAAACGGACUAUGUGCGAAUAUGAC